CCCUUCCAGCUCUCUAUCCUCCAUCGAUCUCCUCUCCACUCGUUGCCCUUCCUUCUCUUCCCCCCUUCUUUCUCCCUCUCUUUCGCAGCAGCAGCAGCAGCAGCAAUGAGCUACACACCGCCGCCGCCUCAAGGGUAUCCAUCCAAGGACGGUCAUCCACCUCCCGGCUAUGCUCAGGGCUAUUCGGCCCAGGGGUAUCCUCCGUCAGGAUAUCCUCCUCCGAGUUAUGGGCCGCCUCCCGGGUACCCUCCACAAGGGUAUGCCCCUUACCCUCCGCCGCAGUACGUUCAAGCGCCGCCUCCUCAACGGCCGACCACCGGCUCUUCCUUCUGCGAAGGAUGUUUGGCUGCUCUUUGCUGCUGUUGUCUGUUAGACACCUUCUUCUAAUUCUAUGAAAGCUUAAUUAAGCUGUGGGAAGGAGCAAGCUAAUGGAGUCUCACCUAUGAGCUUUUAUUUAUGCAUCCCUAGUUUUUUCUUAGGAGGAAGAAAUCAAAGGUCUUUGUUAUCUUUAUUUUUCUUUAUUUUAUUAUUUCUUAUGGAUAUGAAAUUUGGGUUCUGAUUGUAUCCGAAUUUAAUCCUUUUUUUUUAAAAUUUUAUUUAGUAGUAUGUUUAUGUA